AGGGAUCCCACCCCUUCCCUGUGUUUUCACUCUGAAGCUCUCCACAACUUUACACCUGAAUGAAUGCCAAACCUCUGAGGAUAUAUAAAGGGAACCUAGGGCAGGAAUUCCACAGUUACAGUGCUGAAGCAGAAGGGAAAGAAUUAACCAGCCCUUCAGCCAAGCAAAUCCUCUACUCACCAUGCUUCCUCCAGCCAUUCAUUUCUAUCUCAUUCCCCUUGCAUGCAUCCUAAUGAAAAGCUGUUUGGCUUUUAAAAAUGAUGCCACAGAAAUCCUUUAUUCACAUGUGGUUAAACCUGUUCCAGCAAACCCCAGCAGCAACAGCACGUUGAAUCAAGCCAGAAAUGGAGGCAGGCAUUUCAGUAACACUGGACUGGAUCGGAACACUCGGGUUCAAGUGGGCUGCCGGGAACUUCGUUCAACUAAGUACAUCUCUGAUGGUCAGUGCACCAGCAUCAGCCCUCUGAAGGAGCUGGUGUGUGCAGGCGAGUGCUUGCCCCUGCCAGUGCUCCCCAACUGGAUCGGGGGAGGCUAUGGAACCAAGUACUGGAGCAGGAGGAGCUCCCAGGAGUGGAGGUGUGUCAAUGACAAAACGCGCACCCAAAGGAUCCAGCUUCAGUGCCAAGAUGGCAGCACGCGCACCUACAAAAUCACGGUGGUUACCGCCUGCAAGUGCAAGAGGUAUACCAGGCAGCACAAUGAGUCCAGCCACAACUUCAAGAGCGUGCCGCCUGCCAAGCCAGCCCAGCAUCACCGAGAGCGCAAAAGGGCCAGCAAAUCCAGCAAGCACAGCAUGAGUUAGAACUCAGACUCCCAAAACUGGACUGACUAGUCACCAUCUGCUUUACAGAUUCUGAUUGCUUGGACGACUCAAGCCUGCCAUUGCUAUUUUCUCACUUGAAAAUGUAUGCUUUCUGCUUUGAUCAAACCCAGCGAGCUGUCCUAAGUAUCAGGACUUUUUUUGGGAACAGUUUUUUUUUUUCUUUUCAAGUUUUGCAAGAUGUACCUAUAUUUAUGAGUGCAAUUUGCAUUUUAAUCCCACACGUCCCGUUUUAAUCCCCAGAGAUACUUAAGAGGCUGAUUAUACUAUAUAUAAAUCAUCAAACCAGUAAGAUUUAAAACAGAAAAAGGACUGUCAGUUGCCCUCCACUUCCCAGAUAACCCAUAUACACACUCAGACAAAAACCUUCGAAACGGAAAUGUUUAGGGGAGAAAUGUUGCCAUGAUUUUUCACAGUAACAUUUCAGAAAGGUGCUUUUAGGGGUUAAUUUCCAUGAGAACAGGUUAGUGACCUCCCUUUGAAUGAAAGUUAAAGACCAUGUGACAUGUCACUUCAAAAGCAAGCCCCGUAGCUUUUUCCAGUUUCAUAGUAUGAAAUUAUACCCUGCAUGCUGACCCUCACUUGUAAUGGAAUGCCAGAAAUGCAUGGCAGCAGCUAAUAAGUAAAGCUGAUUAUUUAUUUGUCAAUGUUAUUUAAUGAGCUUUCACAUGUGAUUUUUUUCCAAAUGUUAAUUUUUAUGGUUUAAAGCUUUUUCAUGUGCCUAAAUAUUUUCCUAUAUGAUUUGUGAUUGAGCUAGAAAUAGGAAAACAGGUCUUGUAGAUAUGUAAAAUAAAUAUUUUGGGCUCAUUAUUAUACAUGUUUCAUCAUGAGCUUUAUCAAUAAGAUGGAUUUUUUUAAAAAAUGAGUAAGAUGCUUUGUAAAACUGAUGUAUGUAGUGCUUUUUUGUUUAACCUGUGCAAUCAGAAGGUGACUUAACCUUCAACUCCAUCAAUUUCUUAAACAAAAAUAACACUGAUAAAAG